CCUCCGUUAAUGCCCAAAACGGCGUCGUUUAGAGAUUAAUCGAAACUUCUAAAAGCUGAAGAAUCCCCAAUUCUGAGAAAUCCCCAAUUCAAUUUCAAACCCUAAAAUUUUCAAUUCUCAUCAAUUCUUAGCAUUAUCUUCCUUUUGAGCUCGAAAUCUUGUUUUUUUCAUCGAAUUCUCCAAUUCUACCAGAGAUAUGAGUUGCAAUUCGUGUGUUCAAGAUGGAGGUUGCGAGUUCCGCGGGUUUCCUUCAAAGUGUCACUGCGGCUUAGACGUUGUCAUUCUCACAUCGAAGACGAAGCAGAACCCAGGGAGACCGUUCUUCCGUUGUCCAACCUUGAAUGAUGGCCAUUUGUUUAAAUGGGUUGAAGAUUGUGUCUACGAAGAGGUUGUAGACGCUAAGCCGAAAAUCUCCAGCAUUGACAAUGAAAUAAACAAUGCCAAAUGUGAGGUUUCAAUCGAGAUUGCAGAGUUAAAGUGUAUGAUCAAUGAAUUGAAGGAAGAUGGAACGUGGAGCAAAAGAGAAAUUAAGAGAAUCAAAUUGUGGUUGGUCUGCAUUUGUUUAACUGUUACUGCAAUUGUGAUCUUACUGUUGUUUGGUCUCAAAAACCAGAAUCUUGUUUUAGGUUACUAGUUUCUUUGUUGUUUGGUAUGAGUUUUAGUUGUUUGGUAUGAGUUUUAGUUGUUUGUGUCUUUAGUGUUGUGUCUUGCUUUAAUGUAAUGCUAUUAUGGCUUUGUGAUCCUUGUGAGU